UACACAGUUCAAGAAAUAGUUCAACGUUUGGGGAAUGAGUUUGGUGCCUUUCCUUUUUCGUCAAUCUGCCCAUUGAGUAUGAAGGAGGCGGUUAGCUUAAUGUUAACUUGAUGGAAAAAAAGACCGGAAACAGAAAGUUAGCCUGGCUCUGUUUAAAAGUAACAAACACCUUCCAACACCUCUAAAACUAAUGAAAUAACACUUUACAUCUCGUUUGUUUAAUCUGUACGAAAACAAAAGCGAAAAAAUUCACAUUUGAAGUUUUAUUGAGGUUUCUUCGGCCGUUAGCAGCGACUAAGCUAGCUAAUCUUUAGCUUUAGCGGUUAUGCUAAACUAGCUAAAAUAGUAGUCCGGGCAGGUGCUAUUCUCUAUACAGAGCACACCAUGCACUCAGGUCCAAAUCAAAACCACUAUACUGAGACUUGUCAAAUCUGGACUAGAUAAACCAGAGACUGACUGAUACACGGUUUCAGAUUUGUGAAACCUAAAGACACUGUCCUUACCUUGUUUGGGAUAACAUACUCCUCAUUUAACAAGUCUAAAUUUAGUGGUUUUUGAUCAGGACCUGGUCUGACAUAUUAUAGCAGUGAAAGCUCCCUUUUUGUGUUUCUCUCAAAUGUAUUAAAUUUGUUUCUUAAACUAUAUUAAAAUGACAUUUGUGCGCAAAUAAAGCGUCAUUGUCAACAUGGUCACAUGACAUUGACUUUAGGCUUCAGUAAAACAGGCUCCAUAUAAUGCACAAUCCCAUGGCUAAAACUCUAAAGCAACUGAUUACAGCUGUUUGAUAUUGUUUCAUAAAGUUAAUGUUAGUGUGUUGAGAUGAAAAGCUAUAAAAUACUUCUUAAACAAGUGGUUUUAUUUUGAAAAGCAAAACCAGAAGUGUCAUUUGCCCUGCUGAGAAGAUUGAACACAUGCACCAUAUUAUUGCUCAACUACUGUCAAUUUAAUCCGUGUAAAAAAUACAGUCUAUGGUUUAAUCGGGCUGUGUUGUGGUCACACGGUGGCGGUGUUGGGCAGUAGUAAACUCAGCUGUGUUAUUACCGGGCUCUGGAUCUUAUUGGUCCAUGUGCGUAAAACACUUCUCAUCCGUCCUCAUAUUUUGGUUAGUUUUGGCACAGCAGCCUCAGUCUCAUGCAGCCGCCUGUUGUUGAGACGUAUGAGAAUUACUCCUAAUAACUGGACCUGAAACUGGACUUAAUGGAAAACGUUUGGUCGGAUUUUCACUGUGCGUAAAGUGAUUAGAGCGAUUUUUUAAAAAGUUUAAAACCUCACUCUAUCAUGUCCAGCAGUCUGUUGGUGAAAACCCUGGAGGACCUGAGCUUGGAUCCAGGCUAUGUGGCCGGGGAACCCUGCCCGUCCCUCAGCCUGUCCUCCUCCGGCAGGUCGAGGCAAUCUCAGCCACACACGAGCACUCCUCACCGGGGACCCUGGUGGCAGCACGCCGGCUCCCUGUACAGCAGGAACGGCAGCUGGGACACGGUGAGCACGUUGCCAGAGGACGCGGCGGACGUCCUGGCCAAGUGUACCUGCCUGCCGGAACUGGAGGAGUACCCCUGGACCGAGCAGGAGCUGCGGGAAGUCGUGCGUAAAGUCGCCGGGUCGGAUUCGUCGCUCACCGGGGAUGCUGUUCACCGCCUGUCUGUUCUGCUACGCAGGGCUCUGGUGCGGGUCUCCAGAGAGGCGCAGCGGCUGAGCGAGCUCCACAGACGCUGCACACGCCUGGAGGUCCAGAGCGCGCUGAGGCUGGUGCUGAGCUGGGGUCUAGCCGAGCAGUGCAUCACCUCCGCGGUGAAGGCCGUGUCCUUGCACUGCAUGAGCUCCGGGGACACUGCACGUCAGCGGGGCAAGUCCGCACGCUGCGGGCUGACGUUCUCCGUGGGCCGCUUCUUCAGGUGGAUGGUGGAGACACGCGUGUCUGUGCGUGUGCACGAGUACGCCGCCGUCUGCCUGGCAGCCUGUCUGGAGAGUUUGGUGGAGGAGGUGCAGAAGAGCGCGGAGGCGGCCAGGCUGACUGCGGAUGAGGAGAAGGAGCGGUGCGGCGGGGUCACCUGCUGCCUGGUGACCGCAGAGGUGCUGGAUGGAGCAGUCAACAAUGACACGGAGCUGUGGGGACUGCUGCAGGUCUACGAGCAUCUGAUGUGUGGCAAAAAUGCAAAUGGUGAGCUGUCGCUGCCGGCCCAUGUAAGCCCAUACACAAAGGUUCCCGAGGACUCAGUGGAGAGCAGGGAGGAUGCCUACAUCCAGCUGGAGCUGCGAACACUGGAGCAGGCGCUGUUGGCCACCUGUGUGGGCAGCAUCGCAGAGCUCAGCGACCUGGUGUCUCGAGCGAUGCACCACAUGCAGCGUCUGCGUAGCUCAAGCCCCUCCAUCAGCCCCGCGCGUUUAGCCAAUCAGCCGUCGGUAUCCUGGGCCCCGGACGCCCUCCGAACACUCUACUACUUCCUGUCCAGCCCACAGAUGGAGUCACUGGAGAAUCCCAACCUGGAGCCUCCGACCAUGACGCUGACCAGAGAGAGGCCGUUCCUGCUCCUCCCUCCUCUCAUGGAGUGGAUCAGAGUCGCCGUGGUGCACGCUGAACACCGCCGCAGCCUAUUGGUGGACAGCGAUGAUGUCAGACAGACGGCCAGACAGCUGCUUCCUGGACUGGACUGUGAGCCCAGACAGCUGAAGUCAGAGUGCUGCUUCCAGUCCUUCAAGUGUCUGGAUGCAGAAGCUGCUGCAGCCAAGUUCCAGCUGGAUCUGGGCUUCAGGAUGCUCUCGUGUGGACGAGCAGAUUUGGUCCAUCAGGCCACGCAGCUUCUGGGAGCCGAGAGGGUGAACACCAUGGAUGACCAGGGGAUGACUCCUCUGAUGUACGCCUCCGCAGCAGGAGAUGAAGCUCUGGUGCAGAUGCUCAUAGAGGCCGGAGCUAAUCUGGACCUGCAGGUCCCCGGCUGCUCCGUCAGACAUCCAUCUGUUCACCCCGGCAGUCGGUGCUGGGUGGCCCUGACGUUCGCUGUGCUGCACAGUCACCUGUCUGUGGCUCAACUGCUGCUGGAGGCCGGAGCAGACGUGGAGGGUGGAGCCCUGCUGGACGGUCAGGAGAGCUCAGCCGAGACGCCGCUGCAGUUAGCUGCUGCUGCAGGUUACUAUGAGAUGGUGAGUCUGCUGCUCGCCCAUGGAGCAGACCCUCUGCUCAGAGUGCAUCAUGGGAAUUCACUGACAUCACCGCUGUACGAAGACAUGAACUGUUUCAGCUACGCUGCAGCACACGGACACAGGAACGUUCUCAGGAGGCUGCUGCUGCAGCCACAGCACAGGAAGGAGGACAUCCUCUCUCUGGAGGAGAUCCUGGCUGAAGGAGUGGAAGAAGAGGAAGAGGAGGAGGCGGAGGUGAAAACUCACUUGGCACACCCUCCAGCUCCUGACUCCUCCAGCCCUGUUCCCAGGCUGUGUAAGGCCAGGAUGAAAGCUCUGCAGCAGGCAGCGUACUACAGCGCUGAGCACGGCUACCUGGAUGUUUCCAUGGAGCUCAGAGAGAUGGGUGUUCCCUGGAGGCUCCACAUCUGGCUGGAGUCUCUCCACAGAGCUCGGCAGCUGUGCAGGGACGAAGUCACCGUCUCCCUCCUCACAGAGUUUCCCUCCAUCAGGACGGAGGACUACAGCCCCGAGCUGCUCUCCACAGGGAUACCGCUCAUGUUCAGCAUGUUGGAGACCAGCAAGGACUACGUGAUCACCAAACGUUUGGCGUCUGUGUUCUCUCACUGUUACGGCGGCUCUCCUGUUACUCCCGUCCCCCCCGUGGACGUCACUCUGUCCACACAGCUAGAUAUUCACUUCCUCAAUAAUCAGGAGAUGUCCGACGUGACGUUUAUGGUGGACGGACGUCCGUUCUUCGCUCAUCGGGUGCUGCUGAUGUCGGCGUCUGAACGGUUUCGGCGGAUGCUCAGUGAUUCUCCCGACAGCGUCGUCCACAUCAGUCACAUGACCUACAGCACCUUCCAGAUGAUGAUGAAGUCUCUUUACUGUGGAGGAACAGAGGGACUGACCGUCUCACAGUCUGAAGCCAUGAAGCUGCUGCCAGUGGCCACGUUCUUCCAGCUCAGAGCUCUGCAGAGAUGCUGUGAGAUGAAGCUGUCGCUCAGUCUGACUCUGGACAACGCCGUCAACUUCUACCAGACCGCCAAGCACCACGGCGCCGCUGAGCUCUGCAGGUUCUGUGAAGGAUUCUUCCUGCAGAACAUGGACCAGCUCCUGGACAGGGAGGACUUCCACCGCCUGCUGCUGGGCGGGGUGGGGCAGGAGCUGCUCUGCCCAGGGACAGGCGCCCAGGACCGGGAUCUGCCGGUCCUCCUGAGGGACCUUGAGGCUGCGCUGAUCCACAGACUUUACACCCUUCACUCUGCGUGUCGAGAGUAGAAAGACUGCAGCUGCCACACUGGUACGUGUGUUUGGGAAGAGUAGCCAUAUCUUGAGUUACUACAGUAGUCUGCUUAAGGAGAACAUGAUAGUAAUAGACUGUUAACACUGUCUGUUUAACACGUAUAUUUGAACAUGAACCAAAGCUCUUGUUUAGACUGAUGUUUACUGUGUCUAACACUCUGACCAGAGUUAGAGUCCUGUUAACCCGACACCUGAGAAACUGCACAACCUGAUCAUCUGAACAGACACUGACACAUCAGUGCUCAACUAAAGAACAUGAAACUCAGUCACUGUCAGAUUCACCAAACUGUUUAAGAUCAUGUUUCUUACUCUUUACACUCUAGUUAACUAGUUGGCUUUGAGUGAGUUAAACUGUUUUUUGAUCAGACUCGUUUUAAAACAAUAACUCUCUAAACAUGUGAUGCUACGUACAUGACAUGAUGCUAAGAGACUAAGGCUAAAGCUAUUGUUUGCUUAGCAGUGUUGUUCCUGUGUUGCAGGGUAGAGAUAGUUAGCUUCGUAUUAUAAACAAAACAAAAUAAAAAUGUUAUUUGCUCUGUCAGCCCUGUUCAGGGUUAACUAAGUUAAAGAAAUGUACCUGGACGAGCAAAGCGACAUUAAGAGUUUUAUUUUCCAAACCUGUUUCACCUUUACAAGAGAAAAGUUUUGUUUACAGAUUAGCAUAACGCUAACUAACAUUGGCAAUAUUAUUAGUAGCAGCAGCAAUACUGUAAGCAUGGAGCUGAGCUAAUCACGUCACACUAAGAACAGAUAGUCACCUUAAUGAAAGCACAAGGUAUUGUGGUAACCCUGUUACUGUAGUAGCCUCAGUGAAAAGAUAUGACUGUUUUUUACACAUUUUAUACAGUUUCAUUAACCAUAACAAUACAAAGAAAUUGGAGUAAAGUGUCGCUUCACCCAAAUUACUAAUAAAUAAAUAGAAUAAGUGGUGGUAUCUGGUCAUUUAGAUAGUUGGAUUCAGUUUCACCCAAUACACAGGUGGAUAACUUUACCUGUAAAGUCUGUUUCAAACCACAAUUUAACCCAACAGCCCCACAGCAGACCAGCUCCUGAAUCCUAAACCUAACCUCUGCAAAAUAACAUAAUGCUAGUUGGCUAACGGCAUGCUAACACUCAACCUUGGAGGUAAAGCUAGGUUAGUAGUGAGCUAGUUAGCUAGGCAUGUUAAUGUUUGUGGCUGCCAUUAAAGCAGAGAAACACACAGUUUAAUCCAUCCAACAGCUGCUGUAUGUUUAUAAACUUGGUGAAUCUGACACUGCUUUAUAAAAAGAGCAUUUCCAUGCACUUUACAUGACCACUGAUGUGUCCAUGUUUUUCAAUCUGCUGCAGGAUUCAUACAAGACAUUCACAAGCUAAAUGUAAACCCUCUCCAGCUGCAUGUAGAUAAUCAACUCUGAAUAUGUAAAUACAUGUACAUAUAUUUGUGAAUAAACAUCUCAACAACCCAAACUGUUCUGCACCAAUCAACUGUCACACACAAGCAGCUCCAAAGUCAACAGAUUUAUUUCCUUUAGCACUGAAGUUGUUCACAGUUACAUCACAAGGGAAUACAUUGCCAGUGGUUAUCCUGCUCAGUAGUAGCGCUCCGUGCUCCGAGUCCAUUCUGUGUGCUCUGGAUUCCCACAGUAGAAAAAGAGGAAAGCGAACAAUGGAAGGUAUUGCUUUAAUUUUUCUCUCUGAUAACCCAACACCCACCCAGCUGGUCUGAGUGAGCGACCCGAUCGCCAGCGAGGUCCCUCUUUGAGAGAAUGAGUGAGGUGGAUGCAUUGCACGGUUACUGUGUGCGCACAGUAAUCAAAAAGGAGGAAGAGGGCAAGAGGACGGCGAAGGAAAUCAAAUAAAAGAAAAAAGAAAAAAAAC